GAAAUCAAUUUUCUUUAGAUGUCGACAGAAAUUAAACAGUUAGCCAAACCAAAGCUUCGUAAUUUACUAUUAGGGAAGGUGAAGAUUGCCUUUGUCGGUAUGACAAUAUUUGGAACUAUUACGACAUUAUUAUACAAAGUAUUUGUUGGUGAUGCAAGGAAGAAAAAAUAUGAAGAAUUUUACAAAAAGUAUGAUGCAGAAGCAAAACUAAAGAUCAUGUGCGAUUCUGGUUACAUGCACUCCUGUGGAGAUAAUCCUAUAAUUUAUGAGUAAUUAUUUAAAAAAUGUAUAUAGUUUGUCAUAGUAUACUGAAUUCAUAUAAUAACUUAAAUAAAAUAUAUAUAUGUUAUAUGAACAUGUCUAUAAUACAUUAAAUUUUUAUACUAAAUCAAA